AUGAGCGACCACGAGCAGCGCUACGGAGCCGUCCCGCGCCACGCUCGACUGGGUCUUGGCUCCAAUACGCCACCGCUCAGUCCCCUCAUGCUCCACGUGAACAAGCACACGAACGCUCUCAAGGGAUGGGAGUUUCCUGGCUGGGGCGAUAAUACCUCAACAGUAGCAAGCGAGACCGAGCUGAACGAGAUCCAAGCACAGCUGUCAAUGGACCACCCGAAGCUCUCCGAGUGGCUUGCAACAGCCAUUUGCGGGAACGAUAUCCUGUCCAGCUGCCUCUACGUCUCGGGUCUUGUGGCGUCCAAGGCUGGGAAACUCGCACCAGUAGCUCUUGCCAUUGUUGCAGGCAUCCUGUACCUCUACCGGUUGAUCUACGGUGAAGUGCUGAACGCUGUACCGCUCAAUGGCGGCUCGUACAAUGUGCUACUGAACACGACGUCCAAGCGUGUGGCAGCAAUGGCGGCGUCACUUGCAAUCUUGUCGUACAUUGCCACGGGAGUGGUCUCGGGCACGUCGGCUUGCAACUACUUGACGUCGCACGUGCUGUCAAUGGAGAUCGUGCCAGCUACUAUUGGACUGCUCUUUCUCUUUGCCAUGUUGAGUAUCGUGGGCAUCACUGAAAGCGCCGUCGUGGCUCUUGUGAUCUUUAUCGCGCAUGCCACGACGUUGGCAGUGCUCUGUAUCUUGUCCAUGGUGUAUGUCGUGAAAGACGACUUCCGGACGCUGCUAGCAAACUUUGGCACGGAGUUCCCGGACAUCAAUCUCGCGGGCGAAACCGUGUCAGGGAACUUCCUCACCGCGAUCUUUUUUGGCACGUCAUCCGCGAUGCUGGGGAUCUCUGGAUUUGAGUCGUCGUCACAGUUUGUCGAAGAACAGGCGGAUGGCGUUUUCCCAAAGACCCUGCGGAACAUGUGGUGGGGUGUCGCUAUCUUCAACCCGAUGAUCGCUCUGCUGUCCCUUGGUGUGUUACCGCUGAAUGGCCCCGGUGGUAUUGUGGACAAGAAGAACACUGUCUUGGCUGAAAUGGGACUGAAAGUUGCAGGCGAGCACAUGCAAUUGGUGGUCGCGCUGGAUGCGUUCAUCGUAUUGUCAGGUGCUGUGCUGACUGCAUACGUGGGCGUUGUCGGCCUCGUCCGUCGACUGGCUAGUGACCGUGUGCUGCCGGAUUUUUUGCUACAUGUGAAUAAGGCGCGCGGCACGAACCAUUUCAUUAUUAUCGGCUACUUCCUCGUGGCCACAAGUCUCGUGCUGAUCUUGCAUGGUGAUACGGAGACUCUCUCCGGUGUGUACACGUACGCGUUCCUGGGACUUAUGACGCUGUUCGGCAUUGGUUGCAUGCUGCUUAAAUUUAAGCGUGCGGAGCUCCCGCGUACGGUGAUUGCGCCUUGGUGGAGCUGUAUCUUGGGAGUAUCGAUGGUGAUGGCGACGUUUAUGGGGAACUUGCUGGGCGACCCGACGAUUCUCACGUACUUCUCGCUGUACUUUAUUGCAGUGCUGUCUCUUGUAUACAUCAUGUUCGAGCGCACAUUUCUACUGCGGAUGUGUCUCUACUGCAUGCGCCGACUGUGCCCAUCUCAGCGCAAUGAAAAUGCAGAAGAAACUCACUCGUUGCGAACUGGUGCUCGCGGCGGUCAGACGAUCGCGCGGUUCAUCCGUGUGAUCAACGAACCUGCCGUGUUCUUCUUCUGCAAGACCCCGAGCCUGAAUGUCACCAACAAAGCCAUCCUGUACGUGCGCACGAACGAGCAGACACACACGCUAUUUAUCGUGCACUGCCACCCUCGAGGAACCGACGUGCCCGAAGGGUUCAAGGAGACCGUGUCCAUGUUCGACCACGUUUACCUUAAGAUUAAACUCAAUUUCCUGAGCGUCGAGGGCUCGUUUGGACCCGCCAUGGUCGAGUGGGUCUCACGCAAGUACAGCCAGCCCAAGAACCUCAUGUUCAUCAAGCAGCCAAACCACGACUUUGCCCACACAAUCGCGGCUCUCGGCGGGGUUCGCGUAAUCACAGGAUAA